AUGAUUUCUUCGUCAUGGGUUGCUUCAACUUAUGCUAGUAAGUUUAAGAUUAACCCAUAUAUGAAAUUGCGAGAAAUAGUGGAGCAUGUGUGGUGUGAUUGGGGUUUAAAGAUUUCCAUCUGGCUAGCAGUUAAGGCUAGGAAAAAGGGACAAGCUAUGAUUCUUGGAUGUAGACCAUUUAUUUCACUAGAUGGUUGCUUUUUGAAAGGUCCGUUUGGUGGGCAACUUCUAGUAGCCGUCGGGAGAGAUGGAAACAAUCAAAUGUUUCCGAUUGCAUGGGCUGUUGUGGAGGUUGAAAGUGGUGAUAGUUGGGGUUGGUUUUUGGAACUCUUAGCUCAAGACCUAGGUACGAAUGAUGGUGCAAGUUAUACCUUAAUGUCAGAUCAACAAAAGGGUUUAGUGAAAGCUGUUAGUGAAAUAUGGAAGCAAUCAGAAGUUAGGUGUUGUGCUAGACAUGUCUACUGUAAUUUUAGGGGCGUGUUUGGUGGGGGGCAAGAACUCAGGAAAUGGUUCUGGAGGAUUGCCAAAAGUACAACUGAAAAUGUUUUCCGUGAAAAUAUUGAAGCUUUUAAAAAAGUUUCUGAUGCUGCAGCAAAUGACUUGCUGAAAAGGAAUUACAGUAAAUGGUGCAGGGCAUUCUACACACCUCAAUCUUGUUGUGAUAACAUAGACAAUAACAUGAGUGAGGCUUAUGAUUAUCCUUUGGAGCCUUUAAAUGGACCUAAUGAAUGGCCAAUUUCACUAGCAGAACCAAUUUUGGCCCCUCCAUUUAAGAAGGUUAGAGGUAGACCACAAAUAGCUAGAAAAAAACAGGUUGGAGAAGUUACUAGCAAUGGUAAAAUGAGGAAGACUGGCAUGAUAAUGAAAUGCAGUGUAUGUGGAGAGCAAGGACAUAACAAAAGAAGAUGCAACUUAAGAGUAACCGAAGAGCCCCCUCCAAUUCACCAUCCCCUACAACAUAAGAAAAAAGGGAAGAAACAAGCCUCCCUUGUCACUGCUAAUAUACCUCCUCCAUCAAAUGACCAUGCCCCUCCUGCACCCCAAAUGCAUCAAAGAGGGGUAGGGUUGAUGACAUAUCCUAAUGAGUUUCAGAGGGUAACCUCAAUUAAUCAACCAAGGAGGCAAGCUGCUUACUACGUAGAUUAUGGGGGAGAGCAAACUUUGCGGUCAACGACAAUAAUGAAUGACAAUGCUCAAUUACCAUCACUAUCAACACAAAAUAGUGUUACUUCCUCUAAUCAUAGCUUUAUUGCUCCAAAAGGAAGAAAUUAUAUAUACUCUCAAGCAUUACAGGUAUUAUUUUCUUAA